CAUCAAAACAAACAAUAUGACGCUAACCUCAAUUUCUGCUUUGUUGGCAACUUUGAUUUUCCACAUAUAUCUUAUCAAUUUCCCCAGUAAUUAACCACGUAAUCCCUUAUUACACAAUUAAUCAUCAGUGUCAAGUGCCGUAUUGUGUUCUGAACUUUAAAAACAAAAAAAAAAAAAAGAAUGUCCGACCAAGAGGGUAUGAGAGCCCUAAUUUUAGUGGGUGGUUACGGUACGAGACUUCGCCCCCUUACUUUGAGCAGACCGAAACCCCUUGUGGAGUUCGCUAAUAAACCGAUUUUGUUGCAUCAGGUGGAGGCUCUGGUGAAAGUGGGGGUCACAGAAGUGAUUUUAGCGGUGUCCUACAGGGCCGAGGAGAUGGAGAGAGAGCUGGCAGCCGAGGCAGAGAAACUGGGGGUGAAAAUGGUGUUUUCACACGAAACCGAACCGUUAGGGACAGCCGGGCCUAUUGCUUUGGCCGGGGAGCACUUGAAAAAGAGCGACAAGCCCUUUUUCGUCCUUAACUCGGACAUCAUUUGCGAUUUCCCUUUUAAGAAACUUAUCGAAUUUCACAAGAAGCAUGGCCGUGAAGGCACUAUUGUCGUCACAAAAGUGGAAGAGCCCUCGAAAUAUGGUGUGGUGGUUUACGACGAGAAAAAAUGCAUCGAAAACUUCAUAGAGAAACCGCAGGAGUUUAUUUCGAAUAAAAUCAACGCGGGAUUAUAUGUGCUCAAUCCCAGUGUGAUAAAUCGCAUCGAACCCAAGCCCACUUCGAUUGAAAAAGAAGUGUUUCCACAUAUGGCAAAGGACCAUGAACUGUUUGCUUUCGAACUCGAGGGAUUUUGGAUGGACGUGGGACAACCGAAAGAUUUUCUGACGGGAAUGUGUUUGUAUUUGAAACAUUUGAGACAAAGCGAGCCCGAGAGGCUUUAUAAUGGCCCAGGAGUUAUUGGUAAUGUUUUGGUACACCCCACAGCAAAAAUAGGAAAAAGUUGUCAAAUAGGCCCAAAUGUGACUAUAGGACCUGGUGUAAUCAUUGAAGAUGGUGUUUGCAUUAAAAGAACCACAGUUUUAAGGGAUGCUAUAAUCAGGUCAAACACUUGGCUAGAAAGUUGCAUAGUAGGUUGGCGUUGUAGCGUGGGCCAGUGGGUCCGCAUGGAAGGGAUCACCGUCCUCGGCGAGGACGUCAUAGUAAAAGACGAAACGUACAUAAACGGAGGCCAAGUGUUGCCCCAUAAAAACAUCGGAGAUUCGGUACGGACGCCCCAGAUCAUCAUGUGAUAUUCGGUUAUUAUUUUAAAGGUUUAUUUGUACAUUUAUUUACUAGGUUUUUAGAUUUAUUAUUAUUAUUAUUUGACCUUUUUUUUUUAAUAUAAGAGGGUUUUUUUUAAUUUGAAAA